GGCCCGGACGUAAAUAGCAGGCCACUUGCUAAACGACUGGCCACCACCAUGGGUCGCAUCUACGUUACACACUCAUAUAAACUUUGCACCACGUUCAAUUCUCCGCUCGCGCACUCCUGCACCCAGCACGUCGAAUCACUGUCAAGAACCACGUCACUCCCCCGCAAAGAACCAUCCGCUUCAGACGACCAUGGUUCGCUAUAAUAAGGCCCCCAGCCCUCCCGCAAUCGACCGGGCUGACCCUGUUUCACGGCAGCUAGCCAAUAUGACUCUUGGCGUAGACUAUAGUCCAGGGGCUAAACGAACCCAGGACAAGGGGAAGGGGAAACAGAGAGCAUCUGCCGCCAUGGGCAUCGGCAAGAAACACAAGCUGGAGAUGUCCAAGAAGAAGAAGUCUCAAGUCAGAGAAGUGCCGAAACAUCAAUGGCUCAGAAGACACGAAUGGUCGUAUAUAUUCGUUGGGAACCUCAAUUCUUCUGUCAGUGAAGAGAUGCUAAAGACAGUUUUCGAGCCAUACGGCGAGGUUUAUCGCAUACAAAUUCGCGCAAGCGCGGGUGUCCCAAGCGCUGUACCCCUCCCGAAUGUAUCCAGUGCAGCUGAUCAACAGUAUGCAUCAGUCGAAUUCCGUGAUAUUACGGCGGCCAGACGGGCGCUGUGUGCCAAUGGACAGAUAAUUCCCGGGACCAAGGUCAAGAUGACGGUCUCCCUUAGCAUUGACGAUUUGCCUGAGACGCAGAAAAUCCUGGAGGAACGCAUAGCAAGCAAAGCGCCGCCACGCGAUAUAUUCGGACUGGGUGUCUCAAAGACGGUGGGCAAGGUCGUCGGGACGGUAAAACGUCUAACGGUUGAGAGGACCGCUGUGGUGGAUCUUGGUGUUCCUCCACCAGAGACUUCCGAGCAUCCACCUGUGACCACUGGACCUGGCCGACCGCUACCUGGUCCUUCUAAGGAUAUAGAAGCACCUCGGACGAGCGAAUUAACUAGACAGAAGGCAUGGGACGUCAUCUCCUUUGCUCGGACUAUCAUGUAGCCAUUGCGUGUUGUUGCUGUUUUCCUGGACCGUCCUAGUGCUUGCCUGCCCUGCUCUUGUUGCUGAACAUAUUAUUAUCGUCCUAUAAUGUCGUUGCUGUCGUUGUAUGUAUUUGCAGAAUCCAGUACAAACAAGUUUACAUGAAAGGAGAUGC